UUUCUUUCAUAGCCUGGCGCUUGGCAGGCUCUCUCUCCCUUCCUCUCCUUCCCUAUCUCCCUCUCUUUUCUCCCAAGGCCCAUGUGCCCCUCCUUUUCUCGAUCCCCCUUUCUUCUCUGCUGCCCUUUAUUUCUACUCCCCACCCGCGCAGCUUUGCUCUCACUCUCCCCCACGGCUUCUCUGUAUUUGGAGCUUCCGGAAGCCACCGGCGACUCUCCCCUGGAGCAGCGUGACUGACACCGACUCUUUCGGGGGGAGGAGAAGGGGAGGAGGGCAGGCGGGAGGAGGGUGCGAGUGACCGAACACGGAUUUGCAUCGCCGAGAACAAAACCCCAAGACAUCCAAGCAGAAUGGCAGAGAUGCAGGGGCUGAUGGAAAGGCUGGAGCGGGCAGUCGGCCGCCUGGAGUUGCUGUCUGCAGCGUCACAUCGGUCUCCUGGGGACUGUGGGGAAAUGAACGGUGUCAAUGGAGGUGUUGCACCAUCAGUGGAAGCCUUUGAUAAGCUGAUGAAAAGUAUGGUGGCCGAGUUUUUAAAGAAGAGUAGAAUCCUUGCUGGUGAUGUGGAGACUCAUGCAGAAAUGGUGCAUAGCGCUUUCCAGGCCCAGCGAGCUUUCCUUCUGAUGGCCUCUCAGUACCAACAACCCCAGGAGAAUGAUGUGGCUGCACUUCUGAAACCAAUAUCGGAAAAGAUCCAGGAAAUCCAAACUUUCAGAGAAAGGAACCGGGGCAGUGCAAUGUUUAACCAUCUCUCGGCUGUCAGUGAAAGCAUCCCUGCUCUGGGGUGGAUAGCUGUGUCUCCCAAACCCGGUCCUUAUGUCAAGGAGAUGAAUGAUGCUGCCACCUUUUACACUAACAGGGUUUUAAAGGACUACAAACACAGCGAUUUGCGCCAUGUGGAUUGGGUGAAGUCAUAUUUGAACAUUUGGAGUGAGCUUCAAGCAUACAUCAAGGAACACCACACUACAGGCCUUACCUGGAGCAAAACAGGUCCGGUAGCAUCAACUACUUCAGCUUUGUCUGCCCUCUCCCUGGGGCCUGGCCAUCCUCCACCCCCUCCUCCCCCUCCUCCUGGGCCACCUCCACUUUUUGAGAAUGAAGGCAGAAAAGAGGAGUCCUCUCCUUCACGCUCAGCUUUAUUUGCACAACUUAACCAGGGAGAAGCGAUUACAAAAGGCCUCCGGCAUGUCACAGAUGAACAGAAGAUAUACAAGAAUCCCAGCCUACGGGCUCAAGGAGGACAAACUCCAUCUCCUACCAAAAGCCACAGUCCAGGCCCCAAGUCUCCCCAAUCUCAUUCCCCUCAGAAACAUGCUCCUGUGUUCGAGUUGGAAGGAAAGAAAUGGAGAGUAGAAUACCAAGAGGACAAGAAUGACCUGGUGAUUUCAGAGACUGAACUGAAACAAGUGGCUUAUAUUUUCAAAUGCAACAAGUCUACCCUACAGAUGAAAGGGAAAAUAAAUUCCAUUACAAUUGAUAACUGUACAAAGUUUGGCCUGGUGUUUGAUAAUGUGGUGGGCAUUGUGGAAGUGAUCAACUCCAAGGACAUUCAAAUGCAGGUAAUGGGGAGAGUGCCAACAAUUUCCAUUAAUAAGACAGAAGGCUGCCACAUAUACCUCAGUGAAGAUGCUUUAGACUGUGAGAUAGUGAGUGCCAAGUCAUCUGAAAUGAAUAUACUUAUCCCCCAGGAUGGUGAUUAUAGAGAAUUUCCUGUUCCUGAACAGUUCAAGACAGCGUGGGAUGGAUCCAAGUUGGUCACUGAACCUGCAGAAAUUAUGGCCUAACCUCCAGAGAGACCGAACCCCCUGAUCUGAAUCCCCGCAUCAAAAAACUAAACAAAAGGCAACAUUAAAGACCUAGAAGUUGUGGUAGCACCUAUUGCUUCAGUUUUGGCCUCCAACAAUUCUGUGCUGUAGAAACAGCAUCAUUUCUGACAUGCCUUCACAGGCAUUUUGAAGUAUUAACAUUUCUUCAUGGUUUGCCUUUCAUGUGAUUUGAGUUCCACAUGAUGAGUUAGGAGCAUUGCACAUUUAAAGGGAAAAAAAAAGAAUCUGUUCCCCUCAUACCAACACAGUAGCUGAUAGGUAAAAAUAUUGCAUGAUUCAUUUUUGCACUUACGUUUAAUUGCUAGUUGGAAAAUAAAACCUUUGAGAAUUUAAGAUGUACAUUUUUACCUUUUAGACAAUUUCAAUAUGAUGUAGUAGUAGUGUGCUCUGGAAAACUUACCAUUUUUUUCUUCUUAUUACUACAUGUUCACCUUUAUCAGCAUAACUGCUCUGUCAGAAUGAAUAAAUAUUUCGACCCUUAUUUUUACAAAAUUCCAUACUAAGGACCAUAUCCAGUUUUCUGGUCCUUGGAAGAGUUGUUUUCUUUAGUUA